AUGAAAUUUCCAAUCGAGACUCCAAGAAAACAGGUGAACUGGGAUCCUAAAGUGGCCGUUCCUGCAGCAGCGCCCCCGGUGUGCCAGCCCAAGGGUGCUACUAACGGGCAUUACGCGGCCCCACGCCUCUCCAUCUCCUCCCGAGCCACGGUGGUAGCCAGAAUGGAAGGUGCCUCCCAGGGGGGCCUGCAGACCGUCAUGAAGUGGAAAACAGUGGUUGCCAUCUUCGUGGUCGUGGUGGUCUACCUCGUCACGGGCGGUCUCGUCUUCCGGGCAUUGGAACAGCCCUUUGAGAGCAGCCAAAAGAACACUAUUGCCUUGGAGAAGGCAGAAUUCCUGCGGGAUCAUAUCUGUGUGAGCCCACAGGAGCUGGAGACAUUGAUUCAGCAUGCUCUUGACGCUGACAACGCAGGAGUAAGCCCCAUAGGAAACUCUUCUAACAACAGCAGUCACUGGGACCUCGGAAGUGCCUUUUUCUUUGCUGGAACUGUCAUCACCACCAUAGGGUAUGGGAAUAUUGCUCCAAGCACUGAAGGAGGCAAAAUCUUUUGCAUUUUAUAUGCCAUCUUUGGAAUUCCACUUUUUGGUUUCUUAUUGGCUGGAAUUGGAGACCAACUUGGAACCAUUUUUGGGAAGAGCAUUGCAAGAGUGGAGAAGGUCUUUCGAAAAAAGCAAGUGAGUCAGACCAAGAUCCGGGUCAUCUCAACUAUCCUGUUCAUCUUGGCCGGCUGUGUUGUGUUUGUGACAAUCCCCGCCGUCAUUUUCAAAUACAUUGAGGGGUGGACGGCCCUGGAGUCCAUUUACUUUGUGGUGGUCACUCUCACCACGGUUGGCUUUGGUGAUUUUGUGGCAGGGGGAAACGCUGGCAUCAAUUACCGGGAGUGGUAUAAGCCCCUAGUGUGGUUUUGGAUCCUUGUUGGCCUUGCCUACUUUGCAGCUGUCCUCAGUAUGAUCGGAGACUGGCUACGGGUUCUGUCCAAAAAGACAAAAGAAGAGGUGGGUGAAAUCAAGGCGCACGCGGCCGAGUGGAAGGCCAACGUGACGGCGGAGUUCCGGGAGACGCGGCGGCGGCUGAGCGUGGAGAUCCACGACAAGCUGCAGCGGGCGGCCACCCUCCGCAGCAUGGAGCGCCGGCGCCUGGGCCUGGACCAGAGGGCACACUCGCUCGACAUGCUCUCCCCGGAGAAGCGCUCCGUGUUCGCCGCGCUGGACGCGGGCCGCUUCAAGGCCUCGUCCCAGGACAGCAUCAACAACCGGCCCAACAACCUGCGCCUGCAGGGCUCCGAGCAGCUCAGCAAACACGGGCAGGGAGCCUCCGAGGACAACAUCAUCAACAAGUUCGGGUCCACCUCCAGACUCACCAAGAGGAAGAACAAGGACAUCAGAAGGACCUUGCCCGAGGAUGUUCAGAAGAUCUACAGGACCUUCCGGAACUACUCCCUGGAUGAGGAGAAGAAAGAGGAGGAGGCGGAAAAGGUGUGCAACCCGGACCACUCCAGCACGGCCGUGCUGACGGACUGCAUCCAGCCGCAGGCCGAGAUGGAGAAUGGCGUGGUCCCCGCCGACACCAAAGACAGGGAGCGCGAGGACAACGCGUUACUUGAAGGCAGAAGCUAA